ACUCCCAUCAGUCCCUAGAAUCAAAAUGGCGGCAAAUUGAAGCAGACAACUCGGGACUGUCAUGAAUAUUGAUUUAGAAAUGCUCAAUUUCAGGAAAAUUAUUCAGCAUGCAACAAGACAGCCUUCAUUAAUCCUAUAUGUGGUUGAAUCCUGAGAUUGUUAAUGGCUAUUAAUCCCCUGUUUUCAAAUUACAAACAUCUAUAUUCGAGUCUGAGCUGUCAAACUGUCAACAUGUCACGAGAUUCUGAAAAGCCACCAGAGAAGAGACGAAGAACAGAUGAUGAAACUGAGGGAAAGUUUGAUGAAAUGUGGGAUGAUGAAAUGGUAUUCAGCCAAGCUGACAUACAAAGCAUCGAUGUCAUGGCCUCCCAAGCAUACACAUCUAAAACAAAGGAAGAACAUCCAAACUCAAACGGAGGAACUCAGCCUUAUCUGCUUGGCAGAAGGAAGCCUACACACCCUGUUAGUGCAGAUUUCCAACAACCCGUUCCCCACCCAUCUGUAUCUCAAACCUCAAGGAAGUCUUCUUCAUCAUUGUCAUUAUCGAGAGGGUCAUCUUCAACUGCAUCAACAGCAUAUCCAUCCUCUGCAUCAAGCAAUCGCAGUACUGAUGGUGGAAAUGUGUCAAGCCACAGCAGUAUGGACUCUGGGAGAGGAGACUCCAGGCUACAACAGCAGUCCACAGAGAAAUCCGACGUUAAAGACACCUUGUAUGCCAAAGAUGGUGAGAUCAAGAUCCUGAGAGAAUCACUGAAAAGGAGAGAGGCAGAGUUGGUUAAGACCCGAGAAGAUCAUGUUCAUCUCAUUGACCAAAUGGCUACACAGAAAGCUUCAUUGAAAGAAACCUUCAGAACCGAUACAGAUAGAUUACAGACCCAGCUGCAGUUCCGGGAUCAGGAAUUUAAAGAACUUGAGGAGAAAUGUAGACUUAUGGAGCAUAGGCUCCAGUCUUUUCAAUCAGGCUCCCCAAUUAAACAUUCAAGCCCCAAAUCUCGGAGUCCUGUCAGUCGGAAAGUGAGGCCAGACGUUUCACCAAACUCUAAAUCUUCCUUCCCUUCAAGACAGAGCUUUAUGUCUGAUAAGAGGGAGUCAAGUGAACCAAAACCAUCAACAAGUGCUGCACAACAGGAACCUGUUUCUCAGCAUGUGCUGAGUAAAGGAAAGACCCAGCCAAUCAACGUAAGGCCAGGGAAACCGAGGAGUAGAAGGCAUGUCCUCAAUACAAGUAUGACCAGAGGGGAGGUAACUGGUCCCUGUCUGGUAUACCACAUGUUUGAGCAUCAUCCGUCCGUCCCGCAGGAUCCUGGCGACCACGGGGUGAUCGGGUUGCUGCAUACACCUGCCACCCAACUCGACCUACACAACAUACAGUUCGACAGAGAUUCAACGUCAAAUAUCCUGUCACCAGUUAGAAGCAAACGGUUGUCUGACCUUCAAGUUAGUCUACAGAGUGCAGAGUGUGCCGACACGUGUAGUGUUGUACCCAGAGAUCACUACCUCAUGGCUGUGGAGGGGCUCCAGGAUUUGCUCAAGUCCCAGCCCCAGUGCAGGGAUAAUACUGUCCUGAACACUGACCCACACCUCGCUCACUCACAGGAACUGUCUGGAGCUGUGUUGAUUCUACCCCUUAUAAAUGACUACCUGUCUCAUUACCUCGAUAUAUUAAGCAACUCCCCAGUUUCAGGAUCUUCAUCAGGGACAUUGAAUUCCAGUUUGGGUCGUGGUAGUGCAAGUGAAAGCUCCCUGGAAUCUGUGACAAGCUCCAUUGGUUUUUUGCUGAAGGACUAUCAGAAUUCUGCCAAUAAUUUAGAGUGUUUAUGUUUGACUUCCUUGCGGACAUUGCACAAACUGGUGAUGUUCAGCGAAGCAGUGAGGAGGUCGCUUAUGGACAAGACGGACUGGAACCAUAACCGAUCGGAUGCUAGUUUGGAUGGAUACCGUGCCUCAGCGGACAGUUCUGCAUCAGGAGUAGGUCCUUGUUUCAGCACACCUUCUCAUCUUCAGUCAUUGGAAACUGCAAUGGACACAGACGUCCCAGUUACAUCGUCUUCUGAUAAUGACACAAUGUCCUUGGACUCUCGAGUGACGUUCAGACAGUUACAAGAGCUCAACCUCCUCAAUAAGAUUGUGAAGCUUGCACACCCACAGGGAGAGUCCUACAGUGUGUGUAUGGUAGAGGAAGCUCUAAACAUCAUCAUUCUGCUAGCCAGCAUCUGGAAGGAUGACAAUCACUUCAGGUUACAUACUGCCUUGUCAAGAGGUGCCAUCUUGUGUUGUCUGGAGUGCAAGGUCGGCAUGACCCAGUGGGGAAUCAUCACACGAGCAGUCACAAUCCUCGGGCAUCUGACACGCACACAGAAAGUUAUACAGGUUCUCUGCACAAAGUCCGAGGCAUGUCCCCUCCUGCAUCUGUACCUGGUGAGCCUGAAGCUGAGUGACGACACAGCCUGGGACACGCAGGAGGUCAUCUAUCAACAGACAGUGACGUGCUUGACUAACAUAGCCUCUGAUCCCGCUGACGCCAGUACCAUCCUGGGCAACCACUGCCCCUGCACUACAGAGGCUGGCCGAUGUCUGGUGGUGUGUAUGUUGCGUCUGUACCAGCACUACAAGGGGCAGCACCCAGCACACACCCUUCAGAGCCUGCGUGAUGGACUCCUACUGCUCCAACUCUUGCAGCAACGGCAGGAACAGUACCUGACGGACCGUGACUACGAGCUGCAGCAUGACUACGUCACUCUUAUAUGUGGACUCACGUCUCUCUUCAGGCAGUUGCCUGGCAACCAGGAGACUGAGCUGAAUGCACUGACAGACCUCUGGGACUUUAAUCAAGAUGAUUCUGAACUGUCACCAGACAGCGAUCAGGAAGAUUCUAUGGAAUCCUGAGGUCUGGUUGCGAUGGUAUUUUGGACUUCAAUCAGGAUGAUACUGAACUGUCACCCAGUAGCAAUAAAAAACAAUUCUACGGACUCCUGAGGUCUGGUUGCAAUGGUAUUUGACAGCUGCAUAUACUGUCAGAAGAUACACAUAUACAUAUACCACGUAGCUGGUAAUUGUGGAGAGAAUUUGAAUGUGCAUUCAUAUAGCAUCAUUUGUUCCCAACGUGAAGAGUCUUCAAUUGACAAAAUGAAACUUUAUGGCAAAACGGCAUUGAUCAUGUAAAACUGAUCAGAGUGCUUGCUUAGCAUUGCUUCAGAAUUGUUUAAUGGUGUAAAAACUUACAUUUAAUAAAGUUAGAUCUACUUUUAUGUUAUUGAUUGCUAGACAAUAGUGGUCUCAGGGAAUACUUGAUAUUUAUCUUUCUUGAAGUUUCUGGAUAAUUCUAUUACUUUGAUUGCCUAUGAUGCAAGUAGAAGUUCAUCAAAGUCAAUGG